AUGUACAAACUAUUUAGUAUCAUAGCAUUGCAGACAAUCGUGUCGACGAUCCCCGCGGGAGCCACUGUGUCUGGUCCAGAGAGAAAUGUUCCAAUGGAUUGGCUGCGGAUGACCGAUAUGUACCUUAGAAGAAUGGUCAACCGUCCGCACGUGGAAGUUGGCCCGGGUUUCUUCAAGUCAGAUCCUGUGGAGUAUUCACCAGACCAGCUCGCAAAGGAGUACAAGAAGUUAUUUGCGCUUAAGAAGAAAAUGGAAGAAGAGAAUAAACCUUUAAAUCCUUGA